GUUAUGUUGGCUAUCAGUAGCUUUGAGGUUGAGCUACGUCAUUGAAGUCAUGAAAUGGUCGAAAGAUAUUUUGGGUUAAAGCGGAUGAUCAAAGUAAUAGUAAAUCCUUUCUGUUAUAAAUUAAAUGUGUUCUAGAAAUAAAGUAUUUUUUGAACAAUACAAUAAAAUCCUUUGUGACACUACCUUUAUUUUUAUAGCGUAUACGUUCCGUUACAUGAAGGAACGAGCAUUUUACACGAAUACUGAUGAAGUUCGGUGCGGGCACUCCGUAUCCUUCGCAAAGGAUUAUUGAGGUGUCUACAUUCGCCUAACGAGAGUACCUAUCAUUAGUGGUGAUAUGCCCAGUCAUGAUGUGGAGCAAAAUGGAAGACUCAACAACCGACACCAAUCGGGAAGCGCCAGCAAGCGCUCUGAUGCAUCUGGAAGUGACUUAGAGACUGUAAUGGAACCAGCGAAGCGCAGCAAACACGUCAGAAGACACAGCGAUUCCAGCAAGCCCAGGGACUCCGGCGCAGGUGCGGUUACGAAGCGAUCUCACAAGAGGCGUCAGUCCAAGGACGGAAGUGUUGUCGAUCCCUCGGUGCUGUCGGUGGCCUCCUCCUUGGUGAAACCGUUAGUGGAGUAUUCGGACGUCAGUUCGGAGGCGUUGUCGGGCCCAGAGGCAGGGGAGAUACAGAGCGACGAUAGCGUGGCGUCCAUCAGCGAAGGGGAGGUGAGUCCUCGGGGCCACGGCCACCGCAAGCACCACCUGGACUCUCGGUCUCGGCACCAUGGGGACAGGAAGUCCCGGACCGCGACCUCUCCGUCGAGAAGCGACAAGCAGAGCCACAGCGCCAAGCGGCGGGAGCGACGCUCUUCCUCUGCGGGCUCCAACGAAGCCAGGCACAGGAAACACAGAGACUCGCCUUCGACAGAGCGGCACAGGCUUCGCAGCAGUCGGAGCAUGUCACCGUCUUCCACAUUGGAAGUUUAUAGAAAACUAAAGGAUGAUGUGUCCAGUUCUAGCAGCCGCCAUCGUUCCAGCAGCACUAACAAGAGGAAGGACAAGAAACACAAGCGCGAGAAAGAGCGCAAGUUCCGUGUGGGCAGGUCUGGGUCUAGCAAGAGUCCCCUGGGAAACAAGAAAAAGAAGAAGAAAUCAAAGCAUCACUCCAGGAGUUCGAGCUGUGAUGACAAGUCGGAUAAACCCUCAUCUCCACCUCACAUCGAACAAUUGGUCGUGCUCGAUCAAGCUAGCACCAGUGCAAGAAAGUCGCCCAACAAGAACUGGGACAAGUCCGUUUCUUCGAACAUUAACACGGCUUCGCCAGUGCCAUCUCGUUCGCCGAGCAAGAACGAAAACUCAGAGUCUCCGCUGGUCAUCGGCUCCACGAUUUCUGCGCAGGAUGGCAGCGAUAUGGACGUGGAGUCUGACGAGUCGAAACAGAGCCCACCGGAGGCACUCAUCACCGUGGGAGCGUCUCCGUCACUGGGCGGGGCAAGAACUCCUCCCAUGUCCCCUCACACCCCGCCCCUCCCCCCCAAGGCCUACGAGAGACUGAUCCCUUCCAAGAUGUGUCCGGAGGAAGGUGAAGUGAGCGGUAGAAGGUCUUCCAGCCCUACCAACAGGAAAACCUUUUCCAACCCCGGGAGGAGAAAAUCGGUGAGCCCGGGGAAGCAGGAAGUGUGCGUGGUGGGAACACGGCGCCGUCACCACACGCCCAAGCACUCUCAGAGUCCCGACAGAAACAGAACCUCGCACCGACUGCAAGUUCUGGAGGAGGAGGACUACCUGCACCGGGACCACGUGCGGUGGCAGAUGUCGAAGCUGACGCCUGAGCCCAAGUCGCCCCCGCAUCACCACCAGCACCUGGGGCUCAGCCCCGGCCCGCGCAAGCGCAGGAAGUCCAGCAAGAGCGAGCGCGACAAGAGUCGCACGCGCCGGCGCGGGGAUCGCGAGAGGCGCCAUCACAAGUCCAAGGCCAGGAAACAGAACGCUCUGCACACCAUCAGGUCCCCUCCCAGAGUGCACAGGCGUCUCAGUCGCUCCCUAUCCCGCUCCAGAAGUCGCAGCAUCCAGAGGUGGCGGCACAUAUCCAGGUCUCGCUCCAGAUCGCCGCACAUCCGUCGCUGGACCCGAUCUCCCAGCUACCCUCCUCUUCGCCAGUCGCUGCGUCACUCCAGGAGCCGCAGCCGGCCGAAGCUUCCCUCGAAGCGAGCUCGCUCGCGUUCCACGGCCCGUCGUUCCCGAUCGCCCUCCGACCGGCGCCGCUCGCGCUCUCCCAAGCUAGCGAGCUCUCGCAGCUCACGCACGCCCCCCAGCAAGUCCAUACGCAUCCGGUCGAGAAGUCCGCCACGCAAAAACUCCUCUCGUUCUCCCAGGAGCCCCCUCUCUACUUCUUCUUCGCUUACGCCGAGUGCGAGGGAGUUGCGAGCUGCCAAGAUGAGCGAAACAAGUCUGUUUGCAGAAUUGGUGAAGGACAAGAAGAUGCGGGACUUGGCAAUGAAGCGUCUGGCAGCCAUCAAAGAGAAGGAAGCAUCGAAAGAUAGCGAGGCGGAUGACGUGGUGAUCAUGGAAGAAGUGCGCCCCGAAUCUCCCAAAUCCAUGAUGGACUUGAUGCCGGACGAGGCUCCACCGUACACGGAGGCCGCCCCGGUCCAGCCGGUGAGCAGCGAGCCAGUCACGAGCCUGCCAUCGCAGCCGGAGCCACAGUCGAUGUUGCAGCAGCAGCCUCAGGUGGUGCAAGCCAUCCAGCCACCCCUGGUGAACCCCGCCCUCUACUACACCACGCGACCUCCGCACCUCGCCCCUCCUCCCCCGCCACCCCCGGGCAUGCUCCUGAUGCCCGGUCUGUCCCUCGUGAUGCCUCCCAUGGUGGCCAUGGGCCCCCACCCCGGCCUGGUGCCCCACACCUACGCCAUGCAGAGUGUGAUGCACUCGGUGCAGAGCAUGAGCGGGUUGUCGGCUGCCCCUCAGCCUCAGCACGUUGAGAUGCCUCAGCAGAGCUUCCCGGAGCAGUCCCAACAGCCCCAACAGCUGCAUCGGCCGAGCACUCCCCCGCCGCAGGUCCUCUCCCCUGCCCCCCAGCUCGCUCGGCCCAGCACACCCCCACCACCCAGCCUCUCGCCCGUCGCACCCAGCGCGAGCCAGGAGCCUGAGCCGGUGCCGGAGCCAGGGCUGGAGCUCAGGAGCAGCACCGAGGCCUCUGAAGAGACCCGGCAGACCACCGAACCCGAGGCUGAUACCGGUGCGGAUCAGGCCCACGCGACGGAGACCAAGGUCACGCCGCAGAAACCCAAGAGUCUGACCAAGCUGCCGAUGCCGCCGGGAAUAAACCAGAGUGACUUUGAGAGUAUAGACUCGCCUCCCAGCAAGUCUCCUAGCCCGGAGCCUCAGCUGGAGAGGAUCAAGACACCUCCGAGGAAGGGCAUCAAGGACUUGCCCAUGCCUCCAGUUGUUCCAGGCACGGAGGAUCUGAGCGCGGACGAGGACGCCACGCUGACGCCGCCGCCGCCGACCGUGCUCAAGCCGGCCAAGAGCAAGCCGCGCUCCAAGCUGAAGAGGCCCAAGAUCCUGAACCGCCGGCGCGGCUCGCGCAACAGCAGCGCGCCCAUGUCGGCGUCCAGCGGCAAGGACUGGGGCGAGCGUUGCGUGGACGUGUUCGAGGUCAUCGCGCAGAUCGGCGAGGGCACGUACGGCCAGGUGUACAAGGCCCGCGACAAGCGCUCGGGUGAUUUGGUAGCGUUGAAAAAAGUGCGGCUGGAGAACGAGAAGGAGGGCUUCCCGAUCACGGCCGUCCGGGAGAUAAAGAUUCUGCGCCAGCUGAACCACAAGAACAUAAUCAACCUGAGAGAGAUAGUGACAGACAAGCAGGAUGCUCUGGACUUCAGGAAGGACAAGGGCUCGUUCUACCUGGUGUUCGAGUACAUGGACCACGACCUGAUGGGGCUGCUGGAGUCGGGCAUGGUGGACUUCAACGAGGCCCACAACGCCUCCAUCAUGAAGCAGCUGCUGGACGGCCUCAACUACUGCCACAAGAAGAACUUCCUGCACCGCGACAUCAAGUGCAGCAACAUCCUCAUGAACAACAGGGGCGAGGUGAAGCUGGCGGACUUCGGGCUGGCGCGGCUGUACAGCGCGGAGGACCGCCAGCGACCCUACACCAACAAGGUCAUCACGCUGUGGUACCGGCCCCCGGAGCUGCUGCUGGGCGAGGAGCGCUACGGCCCGGCCAUCGACGUGUGGAGCUGCGGCUGCAUCCUGGGCGAGCUCUUCUGGAAGAAGCCCCUCUUCCGCGCCAACGUGGAGCUGGCGCAGCUGGAGGCCAUCUCGCUGCUGUGCGGCACGCCCACGCCCGCCGUGUGGCCCUCCGUCAUCAAGCUGCCGCUGUGGCACACGCUCAAGCCCAAGAAGUCGCACCGCCGCCGCCUGCGCGAGGAGUUUGUGUUCAUGCCCACGCCGGCUCUCGACCUGCUGGACAAGAUGCUGGAGAUGGACCCCGAGAAGAGGAUCACUGCCGAGGAUGCCCUGCGCUCCUCCUGGCUCAAGAACAUUGUCCCGGACAAGAUGCCGCCGCCGGAGCUGCCGACGUGGCAGGACUGCCACGAGCUGUGGACCAAGAAGCGGCGGCGCCAGCUGAAGGAGCAGCAGGACAUGCAGGUCGUCCCGCCCGGCAAGGCCGCGCCGAAGGACAAGCUGGCGGGGGGCAAGCCCUUCGACGAGGGGCUGGACGCCGGGGGAUCCUCCAACAACACCCCGAACAGGCAGCAAAUGCACGGAAGCUCGUCGAAGGCGCUGAAGAAGGAGGCGGGCGGCCUGGCCUCGCGCGAGGCCCCCGAGGCGUACCAUCAGGCGGUGUUCGCGGCGGCCAUGUCGCUGGCGGGGGGCGUCUCCCCGGGGCCACAGUCGCCCCCGGCGGGCCGGCCCAUCCCGCGCCUGGGGGAGGCCUCCCUGACGCCACCCCCCGCGCCGGCGUGCUCGAACCACUCGGAGGGGUCGCGGUCCCCGCUGGAGCGCCAGCUGUCGGGCCUGGCCCAGGCGCUGGUGGGCUGCGUGCCGGUGCGGGUGGAGCAGCUGCUGUCCCUGCACGUGGACAAGGAGGUGGACAGCCAGACGCUGCAGCUCAUAGAGAACCUCCACAUCGAGCUGAAGAGAGCAGCCAGCCUGAAGCACAACAGCUCCAGUGCAGGCGCGGUCAAGCUGGAUCCCAAGCUGCCCGUCUUCAACGUCCAAGGUGUGUCGAGCUGGGACAAGAACCGCAAGAUGGACAGCUUCGACGCGCACGCAGUGUACGACGGAGACAACGCCGUGAGCAGCAACGGCAGCCGUGACCAGGGCAGCUCUGCGCUAGCCACGGACGGAGUGCGUGGCACACUGGCCGCGCUGCUCAGCCACCACGGCCUGGCCGGGGCGGCGGCCAUGCUCUCCAAGCCCUACCCGCGGGACGUGGCACCCGAGCCCCUCCCGCGACCGCAAGAAGACCCCUCCCCCGGCCCCAAGAGUCCGGAGGGCUCCUACCCCCCGGCUGUGACCACGAACUUGGUGGGACGAGGGCGAGCGAGGGGCUACCCCUACAGGGGCAGGGCGGUGUCGUCGAGCCCCUACCCUGCCCAGAGGCCCAACGCUCGCUCCAGGCCCCUGGGGACGUACUCCCAGGACGGGCCACACCCCUGGCGAGGCCUGCGCAACAGCUUCGGGGCAUGGACCAUGGACGGACAGCCCCCGAGGUAGUGACGUGCAGGACGUGUGCUGGACUCGCGCGCGCCCACUCACCUGUUGGUCGAAGUGUACAUAGCUCGUGGACGUGUAUAUAGUGAUGUGCAGUUGCUUCCAUUUUACUAUCACAGCUCGCACCCGUAUACAUACAUAUUUAUUUAGGAUGGACGCCCGAAGCAAUCCUAUGUGUAAUUAACUGGAAUACAGUAGAUGCUCAGAUCUAUUUGUAAAAAAAUUGAUUGUAUGUAUCAAUUAAAUAAUAGAUGCAUUUUUAAGUUGUGAUGUUUUGGGUAAAUCCUUUCAAUUUUUUUUUGUAAAUAGUAGGUAGUUUCGCAACAUCAGAAUUGGGAAGUGCUCUAUUUGUGAAAUAUAUAUUUGUUACGUGGACUGUGUGGUAUGUUCACUUCUAUCCUUCAUUAUGUACAAUGCUCAGCUGUAAUGUUUUAAAACGAUUGUUUCUUUCGAUGGAGAGAACUUGUUACUGUCUAGUCGUUGAGAAGCACAGGCAAAGGAACGACCGGCUGCUGCUGUUUGUUUAAUCAUGUUAACUGAAACAUAUUGUUUUUGUUCUUGUACUGUGCCUCUACACUUAUUUUGAAAUAUUAAAUCAUGUGGUAAAUAGAUGAA